AUGACCCAAGUAGAUACACCUCAUCAACAAUUAGACCCACCCACGAAUGAGUUGGAAACUCUACCUGAAUCCACCCUGGGCGCAAGCUCAGAAUCUGCUUCUAUGACUCCUAGCGGCAGUACCAAUAGUAGUACAGAUGCAACAUAUCUUGAAUUGAAUGAAGAAGAAUAUGCCGAAUAUGUCUAUGAUGACCAAGAUACCAAUCCCGAAUUUUUAGAAUUAAUUGAACAUUUAACCAACCUAUUUCCAACAUUUCCUAAAACUGAAUUGAAAUUUAGAUUGAAAUUAACUGAAGAUAUUCAAGAAUUGAUUGAAGAACUAUUUAUUGAAACUGAAUCAAAAGAAUUAUUACAUCAACAACAAAAACAGACAGAGGCACGUGCCCGGGCUAUUGAAGAUACGUAUAAUUAUGAUCAGGCUGUUUAUGAACUAUUUGAAAUAUUGCCACAUUUGGAUCUAGCUACCAUUGCUGAUAAAUUGCGUGAAUGUAAUAAUAAUGCCGAACAAGCUUGUUUGGAACUAUUAGAACAACCAAAAGAUAACAAGAAAAUUGAUAAAGUUAACGAAUGGAACGACCUAUCUUCCAUCGCUAAUCAAAUUAAAGACUAUUUGGGCGAUAAGUAUUAUGUGAGUCAGGAAGAUAUACUAACAGAAGUCAGGGCAGGUGGGGACUAUUAUAAUGCCAUGGUUGGUAUACUCAUGAAUUGUCGCCCAAUGGUAAAACAAACAUUGACUAAGAGAGUCGGGCCAGGUGGUAGGGUACAACGUGGUGGAGGAAUAGCGAAUAGAAACAACAGACAGAAUGUAUCAACUACCACCAAACUAGUCAAAAGUUCAUAUAAAUACAAUCCCAAUUGUACAGAAGCGUUAGAAUUACUUUCAAUAUAUGAAAGCAACGAAGAGUUCAAGAACAAUUUCAAAUAUAAACUAUUCGAAAACGCAUUAGAAUUCUUUCAAGGGGAUCCAUAUGAAGUAGUGGCACUCAUGUCCGAUUUAAACCAUAAGCGACCAUCACAUAUUAAGCCCAUUGUCAAACGAUAUGAAAAAGAUCCAAACUUUCUGAUAUCCGAGAAAUUCUCCCAUAUGACAAUUUCGAAUUCCAACAACACCAGAAGUGCAGAAUUUAUUGCCGAUCCAUUACAUCGUGAACGAUUUGAUACAUAUCUCAGAUCUGGUGUACUCGAUUUACACGGCUUCACACUCACAGAAGCUAUGAAAUUAGUUAAAUUAGUCUUGAACCAUUGGUGGGAUCAAGAAACAAAAGAAAGAGAACAUAAUGGGAAAUGGAGCUCCUACGGGGAUAAUGCCCUUAUUGGACCAGUUAGAUUGAUUACUGGAAGGGGUAUGCAUUCGGCUGGAGGAAGAGCUGUUAUUAAGAGGUUUGUGGGACAAUAUUUGAAGAAUAAUAAGUAUAUUUAUCAUGAGGAUGUUGGAAGUUUUACAGUGACUGGGAAGAAGAGGAGAUGA